AUGAGGACGCUCAGUUGGAACUGUCGAGGGAUAGGGAAUGACCUCACGGUUCGACGCCUUACGGAGAUGUGUCAGAAGCAUCACCCAGGACUUGUAUUCCUUUCUGAAACGAAGAACAAGCGGCUGCUGUUGCAAAACAUUCAGGCCGACUUAGGAUUUGAUCACUUGUUUACCGUUGAGCCACUUGGUCUCAGCGGAGUGAGAAAGUGGGAGGCAGAAGACGCUCAGAUAGCUCUUUCUUGCCUUUCAAGCAAAUGCUCACUGACUGUGGCUACCUCUGAGGAAAUAACAGCUGCUCUGAAGGAAUUAUCUACUGCUCUUAAGGCAGAAGAGAUGUUUUGGAGACAAAAGAGUAGGGUACUUUGGUUAAGGGAAUGUGAUAGGAACUCAAAAUAUUUCCACGCGCUGGUAAAGCAGAGAAGAGCUAAGAAUAGGAUAACACAACUUCUGGAUGAAAAUGGGAAUGUCGUGGAGGAUGAGGAAGGAUUAGUAGCCAUUGCUACUAUUUAUUUCCGACAAAUAUUUGAGUCAUCCAACCCUGAGGAUAUAGCUGAAGCGUUAUCUGAAAUCUCCCCUACGAUUACUGGGGCAAUAAAUGAGGACCUGACUGCUCCAGUGACUGAAUGGGAGGUCAAAUUAGCACUGUUUGCUAUGCAUCCAGAGAAAGCUCCAGGACCGGAUGGAAUGACAGCUCUCUUCUAUCACCAAUUUUGGGAUAUUGUAAAAGAUGAUUUAACUCGUAUGGUUAAUCAGUUUCUUUUUGAGGGGACUAUGGCACAGGGACUGAAUGACACGAACAUUUGUUUAAUCCCUAAGACAACGAAGCCGAAUGAGAUGACAAAGUUUAGACCUAUCAGUUUAUGCAAUGUCAGCUACAAGAUAGUAUCUAAGGUCUUAUGCCAAAGAUUGAAGAAGGUUCUUCCACAGCGGAUAUCAGAGACCCAGUCAGCCUUCGUUGCUGGUAGACAGAUUACAGAUAAUAUCAUGAUAGCUCAGGAGAUGUUCCACGCUUUGAGAACUAAACCGGGAGGACGGGUUAAACGAAUGGCCAUAAAAACGGAUAUGAGCAAAGCAUAUGAUAGGAUGGAGUGGUCAUUCAUUGAGGCAGUCAUGAGGAAGAUGGGUUUUGCAGAAAUGUGGAUUGACUGGAUUAUGCGAUGCAUUACCUCGGUCAAGUAUAAAGUCCUCAUGAAUGGAGAACCGAGGGGUAACAUUGUCCCUGGGAGAGGUUUACGACAAGGAGAUCCUUUGGUUCCAGCGACUGAUAGGCAGCAAAUCAAGGAUACUCUUGGUAUACAAAAUGAAGGUGCGAUGGGCUCAUACUUAGGAAUCCCAGAGGACAUCAGUGGAUCAAAGUGUAAAUUAUUUGCUUUCUUAAAGGACAAGCUCUUACACAGAGUGAAUGGCUGGACUGGUAGAUGGUUAUCGAAGGGAGGAAAGGAGGUUCUGAUUAAAUCAAUAUUGCUAGCUCUUCCGACCUAUGUCAUGUCCAGCUUUCUACUUCCUUUGGAGAUAUGUGAGAACCUAGCAAGUGCCAUUGCACAGUUCUGGUGGAGCUCGAAUCCUCCAAAAAGAGGAAUCCAUUGGGCAAAAUGGGAAAAGAUGUGUGCACCUAGAGAGGAGGGAGGAAUUGGUUUCCGUAUGAUCCAUGAAUUUAAUCUAGCUCUUUUAGCUAAGCAGCUAUGGCGUCUUGUUCAAUUUCCGGAUUCACUUGUAGCGAGAGUUCUUCGGGGAAGAUAUUACUGUUUGAGUUCGCCGUUGCGAAUGGCCACAGCAGAUACCCCAUCGUAUGUAUGGACAAGUAUUACUGCUGCGAGGAAGCUAUUACUUUUGGGCAUCAGAAGCAAAGUGCAUCCAGGGUACGAAAUCAAUGUGUGGGAGGAUCUUUGGAUCCCUUCGACGCCAGCUAGACCGGCACGGGCCCGGGCUCCAGUAUUGAACCCAAAGAUGCUCGUAAGCAGCCUUAUAAAUCCUGUUUCAAAGGAGUGGGAUAUUCGACUCCUGGAACAAUAUGUAGAUCAAGAGGAUAUUCCGAUGAUUCUGAGUUUGGCCAUAAGCUAUACUCAUCGACGGGAUACAUUUUGCUGGAGUUACACAAAGAACAGACAAUAUACUGUUAAGUCGGGAUAUUGGGUUGCUACAAACUUGAUGAGAGAGGAGGAGGAUUUAGAAGUUAUACAGCCCAGCAUUACAAAACUUCAAGCCUUUGCUUGGAAGGUUGCUGUAACAAGGAAUCUGGUACGCCGCAAUAUGCGCUGUGACAAUUACUGCCCAAGAUGUGGAGCACCAGAAGAGACCGUUACUCAUGUUAUCUUCGAGUGUCCACCGGCCUUACAAGCAUGA